UAAUAUAGUGCAACACAUUUACAUAAAUAAUAAGCAUACAAUUUAAAUGCUAGUGCAAUCCAAAUUCAAUGGCACUUUCGUAAAAGUAGCUUUUUACGUAAAAAGACACAUAAAAAAACGGCGCGUGUGAAAAUUUUCAACAACGACGUAGCAGCAGUCAGCAGAGGCAGUCUCAGUCUGUCUCGCCUCUACGUUUCUUUGCUGCAAAAGGAGAAGCUGAGCAACAACACAACUACAACAAAAUUCCCCACACACAAAGUCUAUCGCUCCCUCUACCCCCCUCUCUCUCUCUCUCUCGCUCUCUCUUUCUUUCUAUUAUUCUCAGUAGCGGUGCAUAAGUGAAGCAAAUGUACACGAAGAGGCAAACGCUGGCGACGCGCCGCGACGUCGGCUCUGCAGGACAGGUUUAUCAGGGCAAAAAUUUCACAAAAAGAUACUGAGCCGUAUAUAUACGUGUAUGUGCUCCCCUGUAUUUUGCAAAGUGCGUCUUUGUGUAUGUGUGUGUGUGUAUCAACAAUGUGUGCAACAAUAACAAAAACAACAGCAACAACAACAACGACUAACAUAGCAGCACGAGAAAGCAAAGUGAAAUUUAUUAAAGCAACAACAACAACAACACGCAAUACCAAUUCGAAACCGUUAUUCAACAAUUUCUUGAAAUAAGUGAAAGAAGGCAAAUACUGGUUUUUAUAUACAUAUACACACACAUGUAUGUAUGUGCAUGUAUAUUUUAAUGUUGAAAGAAACAACAACAACAACAACAGCAACAACUAAAAAGUUGCUGUGCGAGAAAUUUGUACGUGUAUUACCAGCGUGUGUGUGUGUGUGAGUGUGUGUGUAUGCGUGGUGUCUUCAGACUGUGUGUGAGACAAAUAGUAAAACAACAAAGUGAAAAGCAAUGCUAAAAGGAAUUAAAACAACAACAGCAACAACAACCCCAUUAACGGUACCAAACAAUUACACAAAACGUGAACGCAACGUGAAAUAACAGUAAAAGUCUUUUCAAAAAAGCUACAGAGAGCGCAACAAAAGCAACACGCGUGGGUGUCAACGUCACACGCACACACGCUCAACCAACAGCAGCAGCGCCAGCGGCAGCGCAGCAGCAGCAGCCAAGGGGUGGCUGCAGGGAACAAAGGCAGCGUCCGGCUCUGCCACUCAGCUUUACAAUUGAGCAUAUUUUCAAGGGCUCCAACAAGCGCGCGCUGCGUUUCAAUUUAAAUUAUUGGAGAUGCUGAAUGUGGUCAAUAUUUUCAAUAGGUGUUCCAAAAUCAUUGGACUAUAAGUCACAAAGUUACAAUGGACCCGAACAGGCAUAACGAAUAUCAAACGCAUCAUCAUCAAACUUCCCACCCACUGCAACACCUGCAGCAUCAGCAUGUGCAUGCGUAUCCACAACAUGCGGUGCAUAACCACAUACACCACCAACAACAACAGCAACAACCACCUGCAGCAGCACCACAACAACAACAACAACAACAGCAGCAGCAGCAGCAACAACAACAACACCUGCCACCUCAUCCGCAUUAUCAAGCGAGUCAACAGUCAAUCAAUUACCACAGCGCACAGCCAGCGGAUGCGGAACGCUCCCGUGCCGCCAUUUAUGUGUUGGGUGGACGUGCCGGAGGUGGAGCUGGUGCUGGUGGAGCAGCAGCAUCUGUUAUGCCGCCAACAGGUGCUGCCGCCUCGACAUCUGGUGGCGAUCCACAUUUGCAAUACUACACCUCCAAUCGCGAACUGAGCGUCGGCAAGAGGUCCGUCGAGGCGACACCUCCACAUCCCUGCUGGCAGUACAAGACGGUGCAUGUCGGUGCAUCCAGCCAGCCAACUGGCGCCGCGCCCGUGCCGCGACACCACAGCAGCACGCUGUACAAUGCGCCCUACUGGCCGCCGCAGGAUGAGAAGCAGCAGCAGCAGCAGCAGCAGUCGCAAUCGCAGUCGCAUUUGGUGCAUUCGCAACAGCAGCCGCGUUUGGGCUACGGCAAGUCGCAUGGCACAAGUGCAAUCAGCAGCAGCGGUAGCGGGAAUGGAAGCCAACGCUACUACGAGGACAGCGGUAAAUACUCGGCGACAGUUGCGGGCGCCAAGCUGGUCAGCUAUGCGCCCGAGCCAGCUGCUCGCUACGAGCCAAUGGAUCAUGUGGUGAAUCCCAGCAACGCGUUGCUGGGCACCACGGAUCAACAGCCUAGUCCCAACUAUGCGCGCAAGUGUCCGCAGCACUACGAGCCGCCAAUCGAGCAGCGCAGCGCUGCGGCCCCUUCAACCAUCAAUCAUCAUCUGACGCCUGCGCAGCCUGCACAGCCUUCACAACAACAACAACAACAACUGCAGCAGCAGCAGCAGCAGCAGCAGCAGCCGCAGCAGCAUCAGAGUCUGUACAUGCCACCGAAUUUUCAAAAUACCGUGCACAAUGCCAUUGAAAAGUAUGUGCGUGAGACGGCGCCGGCGCCCAAUUUGGAUUACAGACGCACGAGCGCCAGCUUCCCGCGGCCCACAGUCAAUUAUUAUGCUGCAACAGGUGGCAGCGGCAGCGCCAGCAGCAGCAGCAGCGUUGCAAGCGCCAAAUUGGAGCCGGAGCCGCCGGCACUGACGCGUGCGUCGCUCUAUCAUAAUCCCUACAGCAAUCCGGCCUCGCGUCUGGACCAGGAGCAGUCGUCGGCCGUGGUUGUUGCGGUCAGUUCACGUGAUCCGUCGCCUGCCCUGGCGCAUGCCUAUCCCACCAAGUACGGCAAGCUAUUGCCGCAGCAGCAGCAUGGCACGCCGACGGCAACGGCGCCGCCGCCGCCGCCGCCGCCGCCGCUUCCCUUGGCCGCCGACGUACAAAGACGCAGUUCCUUUAGCUCGACGCCCAGCUAUGCCUCGUAUUAUCAUCACGGCACACCGUCCCCGGCCGCUGCCCAGGUGGCCUCGCCCACGCCGGGCCAGCAGCUAUACAAUCACACGCCGCCGCCCACGAGCGGCACAACAACCGCCUCGAAUUACUCCACGCUGCAGGUGUAUCCGCACGGGCCGGACAUCUGUUGCCAGCCGCCGACGCCGUCGAUGGCGACCAAAUCAACUCUGCCGUCGGCUGCCAAGAAGAGCGCUGCCAACGUGAAGCCCAACUAUCGUGCGCUGAUCAACGACAUGCUCAAGCGCAACACGGCCAGCGAGCAGGAGCUCAAUCUGCAGAUUAUCAAGAAGACGCUGAAAAUGGAGACGGCGGAAAGUCGUCUAGCCGCGACCACCGCCCGCCACUCGCCAGUCACAAUUACAGUUCCUCCGUUACCUGCGCCCGUUAUACAACAGGUGCCACUGCCACAGGUGCAGCCGCAAUCGCAGCCUAUGCCGUUGCCGUUGCCGUUGCCCAACCCGCCUGCCGCCCACUCACCGCUGGACCUGUCCAUGCGCACAAUCAAACAGACCGCCGACUCCACAGACUACAAAUAUCAGCGCACGCUGACGGAGUCGACGGCCACGGGCACGCCACAGGUGUCGGGCACAGGUCUGGGCCUGCCUCGCUUUGAUAUAACGCCAAACUUUGCGCGCAGCAACCGAACUGCGCCCGGCACGCCGGCAGCGGCGACGGCUGUGAUACGCCAGGCGCCGGCAAGCACGGCUGCGGCGGCGGCAGCGGCAGCUGCCGUGACUGCCUCACCUGAGGCCACGCCCAUGCUGAUUAAGGCGGCGCAGCAGCUGCGUCCCAGCGUGCUGGAAACGAAUCCCUUUGCCAAGCGACCGCAACUGCCGCCCGAGACGAGUAUCAGGCCGUUGCCCACGCCCAGCACAACCGAACCAGGCACGAGCACGACGGGCACAGCGAGUGGCCACAACAGCAGCAACCCCAACUAUCUGGGCCGCAAACGGCAUUUGCAGGAGUACAAUCAGGCGACGGCAGCGGCGGCGGCCGCAGCUGCGGCGGCAACAGCAGCAGCGGCAGCCAAGCAAACCCGGCUGGAAGCGCCGCCGGCAACUGGCUUGGUUGCCGCCUCUGUGCCGGUCAUAGCCGUCAAUGAGCAGGCCACGGUCGUCAAGCGAUUGGAGCAGACAUCGGGUAGCCGCAUCAUUGUGUGUCCACAGCCCAAACAGGAGCCGAUGCUGGUGCCGAAGACGGAGCCACGCAUACGCACCAAGGCGGAGCUGAAGGGAUUCACCUUCACGCCGCCGGUGCUGGCUCUUGCUAGCUCGACAACAACAACGACUGCCGUUGCACCAACUGGAGCUGCUGAGUCCACAGCAGCUCCAGCAGCUGCUCUACCAUCUGCGCCACAUCCCAGUCAGCAGACAAAUCACAUACAAAUCAAAUUGGAGCCGGCGCCCACGCCGGAGCUCGAGCUGGAGGAUGCCAGCGUGACGAGCUUCAACAGCAACAGCCUCUUGGACUGGGGCAGCACCUGCAACAAUCUCGUCGAGCAGCUGCUGACCAAAGUGAUGCCCGUGAAGACAAACUCCGUCCAAUCAGCGACGUCAGCCAACGAAAGUGUUGCGUCUGCCAUUCUGCCCACCAGCCGCAUCAAGCUGGAGCUGAGCGAGGAUGAUCUGCCUGUGGCGCGGAUACUGAAGCGUCAACCGUUGCCAGCGGAUGCCGAGUCGGCGGCAACAACAACCACACAGGUGACCAACACGACGACCACGAAUGGCAACGUAUUCGGCGGAGCCCAGAAGAAGCUGAGCAAGUCGGACCGCGAGAAGAAGCGACUGAUGCAGGAGCAGCGCAUAGCGGCACGACUGGCUCCCACGGCGGGCCAGAGCAGCAGCUCCGAGAGCGACACCACGGAGCUGCACAGACGCAAAACGGCCAGGCAGAAGAAGCCGCUGAUGCGCAAGGGCAAGCCGCGUCGCUCAGACGAAAAGGAGAAGCAACUGCAACAGCGGGAGCAGCAGAGCAGCGACGAGGAGCAGGAGCAGGAUGGGGCCAACAGUUCCAGCGAGGCAAAGAGCUGCAUCAAGAACCUGGUGAAGAAGACGAGGAUAGCCAAGGCUAAGGAAAACAAAGUGCAAUAUACUAGUGGAAAGUGCAAAAGAAAGAUGAGCGAAAAGCAACGCGAGAAGGAGCAGGAGCAGGAACCGGAGCUGGAGCAGGAUGAGAAAAGCAGCUCGAGCAAGGCCAGCAAUAGCGAUGAGGAGCAGCAACAGCAGCAGGAGGAGCAAGACGAUGAAGAAGAGGACGAAGAGGAUGACGACGACGAGGAAGAGGACGCCAGGGAAGGGAAUCAAGCCAAGCGUAAGCCAAAAACCUCAUUAAAAACUCGCAUAGCACCAAACACCAUGACCAGAUCCAAGCGCAAAAAGGAACUGGAACUGCAGCUAGCCAAUAGCAAGGUCCUGCGCAACGAGAAAAUCAUACGGAACUCGACGACAAAGAUCAAGCGCAAAUAUGUGCGCAAACUGGUGCCCGAUGCCAAGAAGGAAAUGAUGAUCACACGGCUGCGCAACAAGCGCGAGUCGGUCGUAGAUCUGGCCCAGCUGAAUGGACGCAAGUUGAAGGGCAAUGCCAAGACUAACACGACCAACAACAACAGCAACAGCAAAGCGAAUCCCUCGCCGCAGCAGCAGCUAUUUCUGGAGGAAUAUCGUUACAAGCUGGCGCUGAAGAUACCCCAACGCUUGAUCUCCAUCAACAAGCUGAACAAGCUGCCGCACGUGGCCGCCUCGUUGCCGGAUCUGGAGCGCGGCCGUCAUCUCACACAGGAAAUGUCCUGCUUCAAGUCCACGCGAGGCCGCAAGCCGCGCUCCAAGCUGCAGCAGCAGCAAUCGCAGCAACAGCAACAGCAGCAGCAGAAGGCGACGCCCAAGUCCAUCAUUGAUGUGCUACAUCUGCGCGUCACCAGCAAUGGCAGCCAGCAGGGCAGCAAAAACGGCACCUCGCAGUUGUCGAACUGCGCCACGAGCCUGCAGAACUAUAGCGAAGCCUCGCAGACCUCCGCCUCGAAUUCGCUGUACGAGCAGCUGCAGGAGACGACGGAGCACAGUCUGGAGGACAGCACGGGCAAGCGGCAUUUUAGCAUCUUCGACACAAAGGUGCUGCAGAGCAAGACGCGUACGGAGUCCAAGCUGCAGCAGCGUCGCGAGAUCAUACGUGAGAUCUUUGUGGGCACGGAGCGUCCGGCCUCGGCGCCGCCGGAGUGUGCACAGCAGCAGGCGGCGGGCGAGGGCGAAGGCUCCACAUUGAGCUACCAGCAGUACGAGGAUUUUCUGGAGCAAAUGAACUGCAUUGUCAGCGCCGACAACAACAAGCUGGCCAGGCACAGACUCAACGAUGAGGCCAAGAAGAAGACAGAUUCGCCCGGCAUUGCCACAACCGCCGCACACUGUCCGCACAAGCGCAAGUAUCUGCGGCGCAAGGGCAGCUCCGGCUUUGAUUAUAUACGCAAGAAGAAGCGACCCACGCACCAUCAUAAUACCAGCGCAAGCACCACCAUCACGAGUACGCCCAAUGCCACGGCCGGGGAGCAAACGACGCCGAGCCUUGGCGCCUCCUUGGCGGCCAUGGACGCGGCGGAGUCGGCGGCGGCGGCGGAUGAACGUCUCGAUGAUACGGACAGCACCAUAGCGGGCAGCAGCUCCCAUUUGCCGAUCAAGAUCAAAACCGAAAUGGACGUGUACCGGGAGAUACAGAAAUGGGUGCUCAACAAGGGCGUCGGCCAGAGCACCAUGCACAAGGCGGCGCGUCAGGGACUGAUUGAUGUGGUUGUCUAUUGCCUGGAUCGCAUGGGCAUGAAUCCGGAUCUGAAGGACAAUGCCGGCUAUACGCCGCUGCACGAGGCCUGCACCCAGGGUUGGCUAGAGAUUGCCCGGAUUCUAUUGCAGUUCGGUGCCAAUCACUCGGAAGCCGCCCAAUCUGGCAUUCGACCACUGCACGGCGCCAUCGAGAAUGAUCACGAGGAGGUGGUGCGUCUACUAUUAUCCUAUGGCGCUGAUCCGUUGCUGGCAACGUACUCAGGCCAAACCCCACUCAUGUUAGCUUCAAGCAAAUUGAUGUGCGGCAUCUUGAGCUCUCACCUCAGCGAUGCACAAAGUGCGGCCGCUGACAUAAAACCAAUGCGAUUUCCAGGACCCUGGCAGAUAUUUGAUAAGAAGGAAAACGGUUUUGAUAUAUUCGAUAAUGUACCGAAUACAGCAUGUGAUAUGAGCAGAGCUCAAACUAGAGGAAGGCGAAGGCAAGAACGCGGACCUGACGACAACGAGAAUCCGGCAAAGCCCAAAACCCACAGCACCAACAACAACAACCACAACAACCACAACAAUAACAACAACAAUAUGAACGGACUAUCACGGGAAGGUGGUGAGGAGAGUAAGGAAACAGUUAAACAAAAUGGGGAGAUGAGCGCAAAGACUGCAACAAAACCAAUGACAACAACAAUAACAACAACAACUGGAACAACAUCAGCAACAACAAUAGGAACAACAACAAAAACGGAAACAACAACGACUACGGUGAAAAUGGAGCCUGGUGCGGGCUUUGAGGAUACGAACAACAACAAAAACAACAAUGAUAUUAACGUUGAGCAAAAUGUAACGAGCGUUGUGAAUGGCAAGAAUGAGGUUAAACGGGAACCACAAGACGAGGACGAUAAUUUGAAUAUGAAUACAAAUAUGAAUAUAAAUGUAAAUGUGAAGCAUAACGAGUUGAAUGAACACAAUGAUCACAUUGAUAACAUUGAUAACGAUAAUGAUAAUGGUAAUGAUGAUGACGAGGACGAAGAGACGUUGGCGGACGAAUUGAACGGUGAUAUUUUUAAAUUUGAAGAGGCCGAUGUGCCCUUGCCACCGCUGUACUUGCUCAAAGACGAGGGCAGUGAUAAAUGGGUACUCUUAAAUGAUUUGUGCAAUUUACUUAAGGUUAAAUCAAAGGAUACGCUGCUUAACAAGAUCUGCCCGAAUGGCCAGGCCCUGGCCAGCACACAGAAGCAGCUGCUGCGGGAGUUCAAAAUCGAUGACUUCCUGGAGCAGGCGACGUGCCUGCAGCUGCUGUGCGCCGGCGAGAAGCUGAACAUGUUUAGCUCCUCGAAGGUUGUGCUCAUCAGAUACAACGACAGCGUCAAGAAUUUGUUGGGCGUUAAAACAAUUUUAAUGAAAUUUUAGAACGAGUUUGUCGUGAAUUUUAAGGCAUUAGAGAAUACAUGAUAAUGCACUAACUAUUAGAGUGUGUGUCUACAUAUAUAUAUAUAUAAAUAAUACUAAUAGUAUAGAAUUUAUAUAUAUAUAUAUAUAUUUUAGCCGAUAAUUUUAGUGGUCAGUUUUACGUCUUUGUCUUUGGAAGACAGUCUUUUAUAAAAACAAAAAACAAUUAGAACUAAGUGCAAAGUGAUACAAAGGUGCUAUACCCACACAUUCAAAAAAAAAAAUAAAUAAAAGGAGAGAAUAUUAUAAAACAAAAGAAGAGAAGGACAAACAAGAAAAAUGAAAAAAGCAACGCGAAUCGGUAGAUGCCAAGUUUUGGCAGUCGGAGAGCACCCGAUAAAUCAGCUAAUCGAAAUCUAAUAUACCUAGGCCUAAUUGUGUAAUGUAAUCUAUGGUUUUUAAUGAAACAAGCUAGCAAAAACAAAAAAAAAAAAAA